AUGGUGCUUGCCGGCAUCGCCGCCGCGCAGAGCCAAUCCGCCAUGGCUCUCACUCCUUCCAAUGACUGGUACGGUGUCGAUGGAAACUGGUCAACAAUCAGACUCCAAGUCGGCACGCCCGGGCAGACCGUCAACGUUCUCCCGAGCACGUCUCUGUCCGAAUUCUGGGCCAUUGGGGCCGGCGGCUGCCUUGCAAACGAACUGCUAUGCACCAGUGCCAGAGGUAACGUGUUCAGCAUUGCCGACUCCAAAACCUGGAACCCUUUGGGCGCAUGGCAGCUGGGCCUGGAAUACCUCGGCUACGGUGGAAAUGGUGACUAUGGGUUGGACACGCUCUCGACCACUCUAUUGACGGGCGAUGGAAUGCGCAUGGACAACAUCAUCACUGCGUCACUCAACAGCACCGACUACUAUCUUGGAUAUCUCGGCCUCGGCGUCACCAAAGGCAGCUUCGGCAACCAGGUUGCCGAGUCGCCCCUCUCGCAAGCCGUCAAGAGUUACGGUUGGAUUCCCAGCUACAGCUAUGGUUUCACUGCUGGAGCCUACUACAUGGGCGCCGCUGGCACGCCGUGUUCUGUAACACUAGGAGGCUACGAUGCGAGCCGGUUUAUCGAUCACAACAACGAGUUCACCUUGGAUCCCAGCGAUGGACUACCUCACGCCCUCGUCCGCGGCAUUCAAGUAUCCACCGGUCAGAACAAGCCGCUACCGGAUGGUUGGAACAUCAGCACCCAGAUCCUGUCCAACAUGUCAACCUCCUUCACUGCCAUGAUCGACAGCUCGACUCCCUAUCUUUGGCUGCCGGACGUCGUUUGCGACCAGUUCGCCCAAGCCUUCAACCUGACUUACAACAGCACAUUUAAUCUCUACACAGUCACUAAUGACCAGUACGCCGACUUCAAGUCGGGCUCGUCAUCCUACUCGUUCACCUUCUCUUUUAGCAGCCACGACAACAGCGACGACUUCGGCCAUCCACUCACGGUUCCCGGCGUCGUCAAUAUCACCAUUACUGCCGCAGCCUUCGCUCAGGUCCUGCGGUACCCGUUCCAGAGCGAGACGAUCCAAUACGGCGAACCCGCCGUUCCCUACUUUCCUCUGCGACGAGCAUCCAACUUGACGGACACCUUUAUCAUUGGGAGAUCGUUCCUUCAGGAAGCCUACUUGAUCACCAAAUACGAUAGUGGCGUCUUCUCCCUCCACCAGGCCCUCUUCCCGGAUGCACCGCUGCACUCCCUGCAGCUAAAGAACAUUGUGCAGCCCAGCAACAGCCCCUUUCCGCCACCGGCUCAAUUAAACUCGCAUGAUGGCCUCUCAACGGCGCAGAUGGGUGGCAUUGCGGGGGGGGUGAUUGCGGCCUGCGUGGUCAUGCUCGUGUGCUGGUACCUUUAUCGCCGCCACAAGAAGUCGAGGGCAGCGAUCAGAGCAUUGGAGGACGGAAAGGACGCCGCCUCCUCGAUCAUGCCAGAACCAUCAAGGAGCCCGGUGGCCAAGGUGUUCACCAAACUCCUUGGCAAGAAGAAGGCCAAAAGAGGCUCCGCACAUGAGAUCAUGGGAAGCACUUCCCAUCCUGCUGAAGUGGGGGCCGACGCCAACCACGCCGUAUAUGAACUGCCGGUACCGGUAGUUCCAGCCGAAAUGGACUGCGACGACGGCAAGUCGGUCAUUGAGCAUAGAGGAUUCGGGACGGAUGACACCAAUCCCUUCGAAGCGUACGAGCUGGCAAGAAGAAACGUGGAAAUUCGGCUCCAGAGCCCUGCGCCGGCGUAUACCCCUCCCGAAAACCCCGCAGACAUCCCACCCGCAGAGAAGUCGAUGCAGGACAUGAGUCCUGUGGCCACCUUUAGACCCGAAGAGUUUGGGUCGCUGCCGUUUUCAUCACCGACAUCGUCGUUCUCUCCAUCGUCUCCCACAUACCGUGACAACCCGUCAUCGACCCGGGGCUCGCUACCAUCGCCAAUGAGCCCGCGCGGAGGAGAAUGGACAAACCGCACGUCGGAUCUCCCGUCCCCGUUGACGGAGGGCCCGUCCUCCCACUCACCAGUUUUCACGCACAACAUCCCCGGGAACGCCAUGGUUCAGCCAGUGUCUCCUGAAAGCGAGGCCUUUAUACCAAGCGCUUCAAACUACUCCAACACGCCGGCGUCUAUUCCACCUGCCUCUCUACCCACCUCUCCUCUUCCGAUUCACCACAGGACGCCAAUUGAAUUCACCAACGUGAUUUGCUUGGGUCCCUUGCCGGAAAACAUCCCCUUGCCGGGGCCCCCAGCGAUUCCUGCUCCGCUGGUGCGUCCCCAAGUGAGCCCCGUUGUCGCAGCGAUUCCCGAGGUCCUGGCCGCGAAUCGAAUUUCAACCGACACCCUGGGAAGCAACUGGACCGAGUUCGAGGAGGAGCUGAUGGCGCAAGAGCUGACUAGGCAGGCGAGCCUCCGAGAGGAGGCCAGGAGCCAGGAUGUCGAGUCGGACUCCUUGCGAAGCCUUCACCGCCUCGACGGCUCCGAGUUCAUCCACAUUCCUCAACCGGCGGAACGGCGUUACAGCUGGGAGAACUGA